GUUAUUUAGAAUUGCAGAAUUGAAGCCCAGCAAGAGUAGGAGCUUUGAACGUGGGCGAAAAGCUUGCUGCACGCGCGUUGGGGAAGCUCACCUUCAGCUUCCUUUACUUCCUCCAUUGUAGCAUCACCCGCUUCCGACUUAUCCACAGUCUUGGCGGCCACAUCUCCCUCGCCAGCGACCUUAUCCUCAGUGCCAGCAACAGGCGCAGCGACCUCGGGCUUCUCUGGGGCGUUAUCAGCCAUGGCGAAACGCUGGGUGGCGAUGCGCAGCUUCCAAUGCUUAGAGACAGAGGCAGAUCUCACGCGAACGGCACGAGGGUCGAGGCAAGCUCCAAAAUCUAGCGUCGGACGCGUUUCGCGGCGUGUUAUGCGUGUUCAAUGGUGGCGCAAGGCGGGUUGCGUGAUGAGACUGGAAGCUCGGCGGAUGAAAGGCGCAGUUGUCUCGUUCAGCUUCGCCCGCGUUGUGCUAGGAUCGAUGUGGGUGACGAAAGGAAAAACACUGGAGCGAAUAACGAACCGCAGGAACACGUCAAACGUCACUGAGUCUGAAUCUACAUCACGUGACUCGCAUGGUGUGGUAUUAGAAUGGCGAUUGACCAUAAGCACCCGCAACCGCGAUUCACAAUGCCGAGGCGCCAUAGGGCAACGGCGUUCCCGGUGCCGCUGCGCUGGACAAUUGACUAUAGCUCGCAUGGGUCGUGCGACCAUCUUCAUUCGACCGCUUCGGCAGGCGGCGCCUUGGACGUCUGCCACUCCAACCCUGCCUUGCAGAGGUUCUCGCCCCAACUACCCAACCGCCUUGGGCCUCGAAAACAGCUGUUCCACAACCGCGCGCCACCACAACCCCUGUUUUACCCGGAAAACAAUACACAAAGAGUAGAUCAUCUUCAUUUGGGUCGCUGUAAAGCCAGAACCAGAAGCAGGGCGAUCGCGCAAACGAAGUCUGGGCAAAAAUAUAUCACAUAU